AUCCUUACGAAAUACGGUCAUCUAGAACUUUUAGUACUGAACGAGCUCCGAAAAGAGAACCGUGAUUUAUCAAAGAAGAGGACCGUCUCAAACGUUUUCCAUCACGACGUUCUCUCGUCUUCUAGCAGUUCUAGUUUGUACGAGUUGUUAAUCUUUUUUUUUUCCUCUUCUCUUCGAAAUAUAAGAUAUUACGUCAUCGGAAACUCGCGCUAAUUUCGCACGUGGCUGUCGUGACUCGAAUCUCCCGGUGUGCGCGUGAACGGGGUAGAGCUAACGCGCCCGAUCGUACGGGGAACAUAUGUAUUAAUCUAACACACGUAAUCGUCCCGCGCGCGCAUGGGGACAUACGUAUGCAAAGACGACGGGACGGACGAACGGACGGGGCUGCCGCGCUAGGUCAUCGGUGUGCCGCGACGGCCACAGCGACGCCAUGUGAUUUCGGGUACUCUCCGAGAGCGCGUCGUUAGGAUUGGUCGACGAGGGACGACGAACAACGCGCGCGCUGUGUGCCGCCGCCGCCGCCGCCGUCGUCGUCGUCGCCGCCGCCGCUUACGGCAUUCCGUGCUUCGUGCUUCCGCCGUCGCGAGCCGGAGGAGCGCGGCGGUGUGCGCAGUGCGCUCCCCACCGCGUGCGCGUAGUGUGCGUAACCCCCGCGCGAGACCGCCAUCUUUGUCAAGUGGGUAACCUUUGUUGAUUUGUGUGAAAUGUGACGCCGUUGUCGCGAGAUAAUUGGUGAUCGUGAUUACGUGUAUCCCGUGUUGUACCCGGUUAUACCCGCGCCCGUCCCGUGCUCUCUGGGGAUUUAUCGAUGGGAUCGCCGUCGCGUGCAGGGUCAGCGCAAUAGCCCGCGGUGAGAACGCGAGGACGCGGUGAGGGAGGUAGCUUAGCAUCCAAGCUGGGAAACCGCAGAAGAAUCGCAGCAGCAGAAUGUAAACGUCCGCCGUUGACCGUGACAUCGCCUUAUUGGCAGGAGGGAAGGUGGAGGUGAAGAGGAGAAGGAAGCACUGGCCGUGACUUGGUCGCCGCCGCCGUCGUCGUCGUCGUCGCCGUCCGCGCCGCCGACGGAGACGCGAUGGACGAGCCCGAGUCGGCCGAGACGUGGUCGGCCUGGUUUCUAGACGCGAUUCGAAAGAUCCGCAGUCAGAAGCAGCGACCGAGUGUUGAAAGGAUAUGUCACGCGAUACGCCAACAUCACAAUUUCCACGAGGAGGAGAUCGCCGAGCACCUCGAGGUCGCCGUAAAGCAAGGCGCCGUGCUCAAAAUCUUCAACAAGGGCCAGUCCUCGUACAAGGACCCGGGCGUUCUCCAAUCCAAGAAGCUUAAGGUCACUAAAUCGACGGACAUCAGCAAGGUCGUGGGGAAGGCUGUGCGCGAGCUCGGCGAGCGCGAGGGCUCGACCCUGAAGAACAUAGAGAGGUACAUUAAGCAGAGUCACAGCGUCGAGGAGGAAAGCGAGGGCGACUUUAGACACGCUCUCAAGCUCUCCGCCAAGCGUGCGGUCGAACGGGGGCUGGUGAUCCAGGAUGGCAAGCUCUUCCGGCAAACGGACAGGCCGCCACACUUCAAGAAGCUCAACGACGCCGCUCAUACGCCACCCGCGGAACCGCCCGCACCCAAGUUGCCGGCUCCAUUGCCGAUAUGCAGAGAGUGCCUCGGUGCCACGAUAGCCGGCAGCAACAACAACAGCAGGCGAAGCGCCAACGAGAAGCUAAGCAGAUGCAGCGUUUGCGGCGCGGCACUGCACAAUUCCUGCGCGCCGCCGGAGCUCUCGAUACUUGUCGAUCGGGGAAUAACCUGGUCUUGCGACGACUGCUCGCCUACCUGUGCUGGCUGUCAACUGGAACAGGAGUCGCAAAAUUAUCUCGUCAAGUGCACCGGCUGCGUCAACUGUUACCAUCCCGCCUGCAUCGAUCCUGCCCUCGACAAGAAAAACAAGGCGCCCUGGAAAUGUCGGCAUUGUCAGACGGCGCACACGCCGAUGAGCAAGGACGAGGGCAAACGGGGCAAGACGCAAGAUGCGAAUUCGGCCGAUGACACGCCGAGGAAGAGGCUUAGCAAGUUACGCGAGAAUCGAAAAUCGAUGGUAUCCAGAAAAAGCCUGAUGAACGUGCAGCCGGGCAAGAAGGGCAACGCGGGAGUGGCUCAGGUGGACAGCAGCACGGACGGUAAUGCGGGUGUUGUCUCCCCUCGUCAACCACCUUUGAUUUCCUCUCCUUUACCACAACCCCCCACCCCACUCGCAGGCCAGGGUAGGCUGCUUGAGGAGAAGUACGACAGGAUCUCGAAGGAGAAGCAAAAGUUCUUUAGAUUGAGCGCAUUUAACGCUGAGCACAAUAAAUUGAAGCGGGUGGGGGGCGGUGAUAAAUCUAGGCCCUCGCGGAACGUUAACGUUAGGUUGACUCGGGGCGCGAGUACUGCGAAUCCGAAGAAAGUCGGAACGUCGCGAGUAUCUAGCAGCAGUAGCAGCAGCAGCAGCGAGGCCGGUAAUAGCAGUGAGAGUUCAGAAGGCAGCGAUAGCAGCGAUGAGGAUGACGAUGAGGACGACGAGGAGGGCAAUAGCUCGAGCGAGAGCAGCGACUCCUCCUCGUCGGACGAAGUCCAGGCUGGGAGAAUCGAGUCUCCCAAGACGAAGGCGCCAUUCGCUUGUGACCUCAAUGAGGACAAGCCGUGGGGCUUCGCCGCUGCCGCCGCCAAGCUAAACGUAGAGUCACCUUUCUUCACCAAUAUCACAAAUACUUUUGGCGCGUCUUUACCUAAACUCAACGUGGGCGAUACGCCGACCUUUGGUUUGCACAUACAACAGCCAGCCAUCGUCAAUUCGUCAGAUAGUAAAAAGAAAGACAAAUCCGAGCGCAACGCCGUACAGACGACUCGCCUCGCGAGUACGGAUAACAAGGCCAAGCCCGGAAGCGGCCAAUUGAGAGGCCUCUUUGACGGCUUGAGUCACUUUUUUUCAGCGUCUGCGAAUAGUAGGGCGAGAUCAGCCGGUGCACCCGCGCCGAAUUACGCGCCAGACCGCAGAAAAAGGCCUAACACGGAAGAUACGGCUAAAACGAACAAAAUUCAGAGAGGCACACAGAGAACUAGAUCGGACGACUCAUCUGGCACAUCUAAACUCAAGGAUCGACAAAAGACUGAAGCUACCACUGAGAUAUCGAGAUUACCGAAACCUGGUAUCUUUGUACCUUCCGACGAGAGUGUAUUAAGUUCGCUUAACGAGAAAUUACCGAAAAUGACACCUUCGGGACUGGUGAAAACCGCAGUGAACAGUAAAAGACACGAGCAUGAGAGGCGAAAGCUGAUGCGAGAUGACGCGUCGCUCGUAAAGUGCGCCGUGGAGCCGUCGUCACCGUCAUCAUCGUCGAGACACGAGCAGCAACAGCAACAACAAUCACGAAAGAAGCAAACAGCGUCGGAUACGAGUACGCAGAUACGCCACCCUGUACCCGCCGUUGCGAAAUCCUCAGGCCUCGGUUCCGAUCCUGUCAAAUCAAAUCCAAAAUCCAAUCCACGAGCCUGUACUAGCGCCACCACCACCAACACCACCACGACACCCCGCGCGACACCCUGCUCCACCAGGAAGGAGGAGCCAAUCGUGCCGCAAACCUUACCGCCAGGAGUCACGCAAAAGGAUGUGGAUCUUAUUACGGAGGCGCGAGAGAGGGCUCGACAGACGGUUAGCACCGACGAGAACGAACAGCAGUUGUGUGUUAGCACGCCGAAUGCGUCCGGCAACGCACCGCGAAAUCCCGCUGCGAUAGUAUUUGGUCGAUACGAAGUAGAGACAUGGUAUUCCAGUCCGUUCCCUCAAGAAUACGCGCGACUACCCAAGUUAUUCUUCUGCGAAUUUUGUCUCAAAUACACAAAGAGUCGGGCUGUACUGGACAGGCACAUGGACAAGUGUCAGUGGAGGCAUCCACCUGCCACCGAGAUUUAUAGAUGCGAUGGAUUGUCCGUAUUUGAGAUCGAUGGUAACGUAAACAAAAUAUACUGUCAAAAUCUGUGCUUAUUGGCAAAAUUAUUUUUGGAUCACAAGACUCUCUAUUACGACGUAGAGCCAUUUCUCUUUUACGCCAUGACUAAAAAUGACAAAUACGGCUGUCACUUGGUUGGUUACUUUAGUAAAGAGAAACACUGUCCGGCUCAGAGGUACAAUGUAUCCUGCAUUAUGACCCUGCCGCAGUAUCAACGACAAGGUUUCGGCAGGUUUCUCAUAGAAUUUAGUUACCUGUUAUCCAAGGUCGAGGGCAUUCCAGGAACGCCAGAGAAACCGCUUUCGGAUCUUGGUCGAGUAUCUUAUCAUUCCUUCUGGAAGAGCGUAGUGCUCGAGUACCUUGAUGCGCAUCGGAACGAUACCGACAUCAAGCUGAGCGAUAUCACAAAGAUGACUGGCGUGUCAGCGCACGAUAUCGCCACAGCAAUGCAAUUGCUCGGAUUUAUAAGGUCAGUUCAUCUGCCAGGAGAUGCGAUCACUAAUAAAGUGGCUGUGGUAGUCGAUUGGAGCAAGGUAGAUGCUCACGUGGCGAAAGUACGAAAAAAUGUCCGCAUCAAACUGGAUCCCGAUUGUCUCAGAUGGAUACCAUUGCUUGCGCAAAUCCCUAAUCCGUAUCAGAAUCAGGAGGAGAAUGGCGACACUAGCAUGGAAACGACUCCUGCAGUGGAGCCUAAGCCAGUGCCAGCUGUUGUGGAGAAGAUACAAAGAGUGAAAAUAAAGAAAAAACCUCGAGGUAGAAGGGUAGGCCAAAGGAAAUCGUCACCCUUAAAAUCGACAUCUUUAAAAUCGACACCUUUAAAAUCGACACCUUUGAAGUCGACACCUUUGAAAUCGACACCUUUGAAAUCGACGCCUUUAAAAUCGACACCUUUAAAACCGAAGGCUUUGCAGAAGACUGCAAGUGCUUCUCAUAAAGACGCACCCAAAGAAGAGAAGGACGUUAAAGACGCGAAGGAGAUCAAGGCGACGAAAGAGUUGCGAGAGCCGAAAGAAUCCGUAAGAGAAAGCCGUAAUGUCACGAGCACAGAGAAUCGAAAGGAUUCUCGUAUGGAAACGGAAGCCAAGAGCAUAACGUCUACACCGAGAAAUGUGCGCGCUUUUGGCUCCACAAGAAACGCAACUCCAACGACAUCACCAAAAUCAACGCAAAUAACGACAAUGUCGAAGAGAAGAAUCAGACCACCUAAGACAUUUUUGUCCGAAUCGGUCAUUACGCCUUUGAGAAAACGAAAACAUUCCGAGAAGAUUGAGGCUGAGGAAGAAAAAGGGGAGGUCAGUAGUAGGAAGAGGACACGAGAAUCUCUGAGGGAAAAAGAAAAAGAAAGAGAACGGGAAACGGAACGAGAGCGCGAGAGGGAGAAGGACAAAACAAGAGAGAAGGAUAUUAAACUGAGAGACAGAGAAUCUCUGAAAGAAACUACGGUAGAUACUAGAAAAACGCCUCCAAAAUUAGAUUCCAUGCCGAGUCCGCCUAAACCGGCAAAGAAACAGUGUAAAGUAGAUGAUAUUUUGUUGAAAGUUACCAGCAGACAAACUAAGUACAUGCAAGCGAAGGAGAAGAAAGCUUUGGAGGAGAUAACACAGUGUAAUGGUAAAGAGGAAAUACGAGACGUUAAAAGUUUGCCACUGUCCAGGCGAGGUAGAGGUAGUAAAGCGACGGUGGAAGCUUUGAAGAUGCCGCAGCUCACGCCAGAGUCUCCCAGUGCAAAGAAUAGAGCCGAAAGUCCUGUGAUACCGCCUCCCUCGUUAUCUCCACCGCCCGAAUCAGUGACGAGAUCUCCCGUUCGAAACAAGCAACCGUCUAUGCCGAAGUCCCCACCCUCUACGAAGGACUCUGGUAACAGUGACAACAAGAGCGAGAGUGCGGAGGAUAAUGGUUUACCUGCUCCCGCGGAGACGGAAGUGGUAUCCGCGAGUUCUGGCGAAUAUGAGGGUGGCGACGAAGAUGACGGGGAAGAGGAAGAAGUAGUCACACCGACGCCUAAACUCGUGACGCAAUCGGCAUCGCCUAGCACGGAGAACCCCGCGAAAGAAUCAUAUGAGGACGAAAAACCAGAUAACAAAAUUCAGGAGAAGGACAACGACGAGAACUUGUCGCAGAAAGUGGAAGCGGCGGCAGAUUUAUCACCAACAGUCGGCGACGAUCAGACUGAAAUUUUAAAUGAAUGUGAUAAGGACUCCGAGAUUGAUAAACGUCCAGUUUGCAGUCCGGAGGCAUCGAAAUCAGUACCUGAACCAGUUGCUUCACCAAAAGAGGAGGAAAUCGAGAAGUCUGAGAGUAGUGUUAUAUCGAAGGACGGCCGUGAUAGUCCUCCCAAAGAGGAGCUCGUUUGCGAAACGCUGAAGGAUCCCAAGAUCGAUCUGUCGCGACCGAAAACUGAACCCUUAGUUGUGGAGAAGAAGGACACGUGCGAUCUCGUUAAUGCGGUGGUGACGUCGGAAGCCGAGCCUCUUACACCGCGAGAGAAAACGUUGCCCGCUGUUUCGGAACAUCAGGACACGACUUUACAGUUGCAGAAUCAAACGGAAGAACUGAAACAGCAUUCGCCUGAAAGCGGUAAAACCACACCGCAUCUGGAGAAUCCGGGCUCGGUGAAGAGGACACCGCCAUCGCAACCGGAUUUGCCAUCUAUGGGAGUCUAUACCCCGGACUCAACGACCAACUCUGUGCAUUCACUGCAUUAUAGCCAGUGCGAUCUGGAUGUGAGUCAGUUGGGCCUGGAAUCGCCUACUUCUAUAGCCAGCGACCUCGCGUCGCAAAAUAGUGUGGAAAGACCGCCCAGUGCUUUACCAUCUAUCCCACCGCCUACGAACGUGCCGAUUUCAGUUUCUAUGCAGAUCGCGACGCCAGUUACGUCGUCGGUGCCAGCAGUGAAUAUGCAGCAGCAAGUGCAGUACACUGACUGUUCGAUGUCGCAGCAUACGCCACCCGCUCAUCAUCCGAACAUUCAUCCGAUGCAUCAGCCGCACACUCCACAAUCUCUUCAGCAACCGCGCACUCCGCAAAGCAUCCCGACGCAAAGCCCGCAGCCGCUUCCGCAGAGCCAUACGCCGCAACCGUUGCCACCGUCCCACACGCCACAGAGUAUACCUACGCAGAGUCCACAACCUUUGCCGCAAAGCCAUACGCCGCAGCCAUUGCCUCAAUCGCACACGCCACAACCGAUGCAGUUAUCGCUGCAAGCGCAGCAGGCACAGAGUCAAAAUAUGGCGCACAGUCAAUCUCAACAGACACAGUCGCAGCAACAACAACAACAACAACAAUCUGCGCAUCAACAUCAGUCACAAUCUCAACAGCAAUCGCAACAGCAGACUCAACAAUCUCAAUCACACAGCAAACGUGCCAGUGGUUCACAGACUACUCAUAGAUCCAGGUCGACGCAACAGAGUAGCAGGUCGCAUCGAGCCACUCCACCAACGUCUCACACCAGCCAGACCUCUCAGCACAGCGCCGCAACGUCUAGUAGCCAUAGCACUGUGACGCAUACCACGCAUGUUGCAAUUCCACCGCAGUAUUCGCAGCAAUCCCCGUCGAUGAGCGUGCCGUCGGCAGUGCCGCAUCCGCACUCGCACACUCCGCAUGCUGCGCAUUCACACAAUAUGGCGGUGAUCUCGCAAGGCAACUACAUGGCAGUAGCAGCGGGCUCGCAAGGUUUCCCCACGCAGAACACCUACGUGAUUCAGCAUCGUAGCGGCCGGUCCGGCGCGCCGACGCCCUGCACCACCGCCACGAAUUUCUACAUUCAGACGAGCGCGAUGCCACCGCAUUCGCACACCCCGGCACCAACCCCGCUCUCCGCCUCUGGCAGCCAUCAGACGACCAAUUCGUGCAGUCUAGCAAAGCUGCAACAACUGACCAAUGGUCUGGACAUGGUACCGCCUACGCCGCCACCGGCGAUGAACCUCACGCCGCCACCACCUAUCCCACACACCAUGACGCCACCGCAGACGUCGCGGCAGCUACCAACCCCACCACAAGUUGGACCUUUGGGUUACGCGAAGAACUAUUACAACAAUUUGCAGGUCAAUACCGUGCCACCACCUGGCACGCCCGGACCGCCCAGCCGAUCGACCUCACGCUCGUCCUCGAACAAUAUGCCGACACUCGCGCAGCCAUAUUCCAGCGAAAGUCUCUACCGGCAGACCCUCGAUCCGGGUAGUACCUGCCCACAGAUGCAGAGCGCCGCGAGCCGCGUCAGCCCGAAUGUCGCUCUCAACACGAAUCUCAUGGCAGCCGCUCAGUACGGUUACCGAGUGGCGCAACCAGCGACCGGUUAUAUGAAUCAGGCGGCACAACUUGGUGGUUUCAUGAAUCAGGCGAGCCAGCUUCCGGUCGGCGUGGUGAACGUACCGACACCGUAUCCGCAGGAUCCGCACCAGCAGAACCCGGCGGCUGUUUACACUACGUACCACGGCUAUAUCAACGGCGGUCUUAUGCAGCCGCUUAACAGCUCCAUGAGGCCACGCUAGCCAUCGCGAUCAUCGCCUAUUCCGAUCGGACCGAUCUCUCUCGAUGUUUUGACAAACGAACGAAUGUCUUCGCGCGACAAGUUAACGCUCUCUUCGAUACGACCUUUGACGGUGACUCAUCGUCGAUCUCCUACUAUGUGACCGACAUCGCGGGUUUGUACUUGUACUUCCCCGAUUACUAUUCGCUGCCUUCACCAGCUCUAUCCGCGAACCUGACUUGCUCGAAUUUUCUCGUUGCAUUGAUCUAUUUGCGACCAGCAAUCUUCUUUUUCCGAUCCAGGUACCCCAUGGAGCCUCCGAAGAUGAUGGUGCUCUCUGCGAGCAUAAAACGGCAUACAUCGACAGUCGCAACAUGGACAGUGCGGCAGAUUGCGAGAGAACUUAGUGACACGCUUGUAAAAGAAGUAGAAUCUACUAUGUUCAGCAGUCUGUUCAAGCACACAACCGUAUUUUAGUUCUUUAUCUUGACCCAGUUAAAAUCGCGAAUGACUAGUGUAUUAACGUGUUUUAUGUACGCCAGUAUAUACGAAAUCGUUAUGCGAAUAUGCAUGCUCGUUACUGUUUUAACUGCACAUUUUAUUUCAGAGCAACAAGAAGGUGAAAAAGUAAGGGAGAGAUAAUUAAUAUUGAUACGGCCCUUCUGCCUCUGUACCCACGCUCGUCGACAGCGGGAUGUUUUUCUUUUUGAGGAAGGCUCGUAUUAAACUGAUUCUUAACUUGUCGACAAAGAUUGCACACAAGGUACAAUUUAAUCAUAGUUAUCGAUUGGUGAUUCUUCGGAGGCACGAGUUUGUAUACUUGUGCGUUUAAAGUAGAAGGAAAAGGAAAGAAGGAAGGGAGAAGAUACCUUGGACGUUAACGUUCGAUCGGCCAAGGUAGCGCGCAUGAAAAUCGCUAAUUUGAAAGAAAGAAGGAAAAAAAAGGGGGAGGGUGAGAGAAAAAAAAAUGCGGACACCUAUUUUUAGUAGGGCAUUCCUUCGUGAAACCGCAGCAGUGUUACGUUUUAUGUAUUUAUAUAUAUAAAUAUAUAUAAAUAUAUUUACGAAUAAUAUUCUGUUUGAUAUUAUCAAUUGUUGAACAUUGUUGUUUAAGUUGGCACACUUGUACUUUACUGUAUCAUAAAAAAGAAAAAAAUAACUGUGCGUAACGCUAUGAUAAUCCUCAUUGUAUUAUUACGAAAAGUCGAUUACUUGUCGCCGACAUCGUCUCACCAGUGUAAAAUUGUCAAUCUCGAUUGUCAGCGCCAUCGUUUACAUGAUUUUUAUCCAUUGUUAUUAUUAUCAUUAAUAAUCAUUAACUAUUGUGACAAAUGAUGAAACGAACACAAAACAACAUACACACAUACUCACGUACUUUCACACAGAAAAUGUAAUCAUACGCUAUAUUUUAAUUGUCACAUACAUGUCACACGUUCAUUCGGUAUUCAUUAUUGUAUGUUUUUAUUAUCUAAUAUCGCGAGAAGGUAGCUCUAGUUACGGAAAGAAUAACGGAGCGCGUAAUUAGGCUCUUCCACGAAGCGUCGCGAAACUCGUGCCGAAAUUAUUUUUUGUAUCGAAAUCACGAGAGGAAGCGUGCGCGUACGUCGAUUUUUCCCCUUCGCGAAGUGAAGGAAGGAAAGGAACAACGGUGGCGUAAACGUGUUGUCCCGAACACAUUACCUUGAACCGCGUAAUUUCCCUCCCUCGUUGUGGGCGACGCUUCGCGGAACGGUCGUAACGACAAAAAAAUAAUAUAUUUAUGGUACGAAACGUUACGAGUUUAAUUUUUUCAGACGAAAGAACGAAAAAAAAAAACGAAAAAUUGGCGGAUCGCCUAGGUUAGAGUAAUUGAAUGAUAAGAUAAUUAAUAAUGUAUAAAAAUACAUCAAUAUUUAUUGUACAUAGAUCUAAAAAAGACUACUAACAAA